AUGAAGAAGACAAGUCGAUCAGAGUCCUCACUAUCGCCAGAUGUUCCCUCCUCGAGCGAUGAUGAGGAUGAAAACGAUUUGACUAUGGCGAGCCCUUCUGAGAAAUCUAAGAACAGUUCUGGUCAAAGUCAAACUUGUCUAACCUCUACUUGUCCCACCCUAAAUUUGAAAAUACCCUCUCACUUUCUUUAUGAAUCUAUAAUCCUUUCUACCAAAUUUUCUUCAUCCAAACCUUUUCAACCUUCCAAAUUGUUGUUUGUAUUCAGAGCUGUGGCAUGUGUGUGGUCACUUGUCACGAUUUUACUUUAUCAACUUGUGUACAUUCAACAAGGACAUUUGACAUUCCUUUCCUUCCUUACUAAUGUUUCCUUUGUGGUAUUCACUGCAUAUUUCACUUUACAAACAGUCCUUGGCUUGGUUCAUUAUUUUAUGAUUCAUUGGAGAAAAGGUGAACUCACUCCUCUCUUGUCCUUCUCAGUGUCAAAUGUCAUGUGGUUCUUGAGUGAGCUCACUAUUACUGCAUCCAUACUUGUUUGUAUUGGAUUUUGGAGUUUAGCCUCGUUUGAGCAAUACAAACCUCUAAGAAUUGAUUGUUAUUUUAAUUUUUCAGUUCACGGAAUUGUUGGAAUUUUUGCACUUUUCGAAUUUCUUCUUUCAAACAUUUCGUUUCGAUUUUGGCAUGUGUUCAUGAUUGCCAUGUAUCCCACUGCAUUCUUUUUAUGGUUACAAAUUUUGGCUGAAACACGACUCAUUACUUUAUUUCCUUACAGCAUGUCCAAUUAUUUCAAGUUUCCCUUCACGUCCUCAGUCAUUUAUACCUUUGGAAUGCCAUUUGUGUUUAUUUUGACUUUUUGCAUUUUGUGUUAUUUUUCCAAAUUGAGACGCCUCCAUGUCAUGACUCAAAAACAUUAA